AUUGAUUCGAUUAAGAUGAUCGAUUUGUUAUCAUUAAAUGCUACCUUUAUUAAAUUUUAUCAAUCCAAGCUGAGCUGAGAAAGGAAUUCAUUAAUUCUGGAAUUUUGAGCUGAAGUGUAAUUACUUAUUGUCUUGCUAAUAAUCUAAAGCUUUUAAUGGUGGUGGCAAUAAUAAAACUCUAGCAUAUAAUAUGAUAUAUAGAGAUCUUCCACCAAUAAAUUAUAUCUAAUUCCAAUAUUGUUUCAACUUCUAGAGGGAGUUUUAGUUAAAAUAUUUAAAAAAAAAAGACACACACAUUAACAAUCCAUACAUUAUUUAGCUGAUAAAGUAAUUUAAAGGGAGACCCUUUCAAAUUAUAUUAAUGAAUGAAUAAUCUUCAUGAGUAUUUUAAAAAUAAGAUCGAUCCCAUUUAUUCUUUUAAAGACAGCAAGAUUGAAAUAAUAAAUGAUUUAAAAUCUGAAAUAAAUAAAGAAUCUUUUGGUUUUACUUAAGCAAUUUUAAGAGAAUUGCUGAAAGUUGAAUUACCAAAAGUAAUGAGUCCGGAAAAGUUUUUAAGUCUUAAACCUGAG